GCUCUGACUGAAGCUUGCAUCAUUUCACGUCUUUCUCGGCAGCGGGUGGCGGUAGACAACAUACAGACACCAUGGUGGAGCCAGUCCCGGAGACCAUCAACUUUCCCUCUGAGGAGGAGAAGAUCUUGCGCUUUUGGCAAGACAAGGACUGUUUUCAGGAAUGCCUCAAACAGUCCAAAAACAGGCCCAGGUACACCUUCUAUGAUGGCCCUCCCUUUGCCACAGGUCUACCCCACUAUGGUCACAUUCUUGCUGGCACCAUCAAGGACAUUGUUACCCGCUUUGCCCAUCAGAGUGGCUUCCAUGUUGACCGACGGUUUGGCUGGGAUUGCCAUGGAUUGCCUGUGGAGUAUGAGAUUGAUAAGACCUUGGGUAUCAAAGGGCCUGAAGAUGUGGCCAAGAUGGGCAUCGCUGAGUACAACAAGCAGUGCAGAAACAUUGUCAUGAGAUACUCCAAUGAGUGGGAGGUUUCAGUGACACGAAUGGGCAGGUGGAUUGACUUCAAAAAUGACUACAAGACUCUGUACCCAUGGUUCAUGGAGACUGUCUGGUGGGUGUUCAAACAGCUGUAUGACAAGGGUCUGGUGUACCGAGGUGUCAAAGUGAUGCCCUUCUCCACUGCCUGCAGCACCCCUCUCUCUAACUUUGAGUCCAACCAGAACUACAAGGAUGUCCAGGAUCCCUCUGUGAUCGUUAAUUUUCCGCUGGUUGAGAAUCAAGAUAUUGCUUUGAUUGCAUGGACGACCACACCCUGGACACUGCCAAGCAACCUGGCUCUCUGUGUCAACCCAGAGUUCUUGUAUGUCAAAGUCAAAGAUAACACCACUGACAAGACCUACAUCAUGAUGGAGGCCAGGCUUGGAGCUCUGUUUAAGUCAGAGAGCGAGUACACACUGUUGGACAAAUUUCCUGGUAAGGUGCUAAAAGGGAAGAAAUAUGUGCCUCUCUUCCAAUACUUUGCCGAGUGUGGGGAGAAAGGAGCAUUCCAGGUGGUGACGGAUAACUAUGUCAAGGAGGAGGAGGGCACAGGAGUGGUCCAUCAGGCACCUUACUUUGGAGCUGAUGAUCACAGGGUUUGCACUGAAUACAACAUCAUCCAGAGGGACCAGGCUCCUAUCUGUCCUGUGGAUGCCUCAGGCUGCUUCACAUUGGAGGUCACUGACUUUGCUGGACAGUAUGUCAAAGAUGCUGACAAGAACAUCAUCAAAUGGCUGAAGGAGAAGGGCCGCCUUGUCAAUGCCAGCAGUUUCAAACAUAGUUACCCCUUCUGCUGGAGGUCCGACACACCCCUGAUCUACAAAGCUGUCCCAAGCUGGUUUGUCCGAGUGGAGCACAUGGUGGACAAACUGCUGGAAAACAAUGGACAAUGCUACUGGGUUCCAGAGUUUGUGCGUGAGAAGCGUUUUGGGAAUUGGCUGAGAGACGCACGUGACUGGGCAGUUUCAAGGAACCGUUACUGGGGGACGCCAAUCCCACUCUGGGUCAGCGAUGAUUUUGAGGAGGUGGUGUGUGUUGGGUCUAUGGCUGAACUGGAGGAACUGACUGGGGUCAAAGUAACUGAUCUUCAUCGGGAGAACAUUGACAGUCUGACAAUCCCGUCCCGGCUCGGUAAGGGCACACUGCGGAGGGUCACGGAGGUGUUUGACUGCUGGUUUGAGAGUGGCAGCAUGCCGUACGCCCAGGUCCACUACCCUUUUGAAAACAGGAAGGACUUUGAGGACACUUUCCCUGCAGACUUCAUCGCUGAGGGCAUUGACCAGACAAGGGGAUGGUUCUACACUUUGUUGGUGCUCUCCACAGCCUUGUUUGGCAAACCACCCUUCAAGAAUGUCAUCGUUAAUGGUUUGGUCCUUGCCAGCGAUGGACAGAAGAUGAGCAAGCGCAAGAAGAACUACCCAGAUCCAGGGCUGAUAGUACAGAACUAUGGAGCUGAUGCCCUCAGACUGUACCUCAUCAACUCUCCUGUAGUGAGGGCAGAGAAUCUACGUUUCAAAGAGGACGGUGUGCGAGAUGUGUUGAAAGAUGUCUUCCUGCCGUGGUAUAACGCCUAUCGCUUUCUGGUGCAGAACGUACAGAGGUUGCAGAAGGAGGAUGAUAUUCUGUUUCUGUACAAUGAAAGCACAGCAAAGCAGAGCGACAACAUCAUGGACAAAUGGAUUCAGUCCUUCACACAGUCUCUCAUUCAGUUCUUCAAGGCUGAGAUGGAUGCUUACCGACUUUACACUGUCGUGCCUCGCCUGGUCAAGUUUGUGGACAUGCUCACCAACUGGUACGUGAGAACCAACAGACGCCGUCUGAAGGGAGAGAAUGGCACCGAGGACUGCCUGUGGGCGCUGGAAACCCUCUUCAGCGUUCUGUUUUCCAUGUGCAGGCUGAUGGCUCCAUUCACACCCUUCAUUACAGAGAUGAUGUACCAAAAUCUGAGUCACCUCAUUGACCCCACCUCUUUUGACGACAAGAACACCAGCAGCAUCCACUAUCUCAUGCUGCCCCAAGUCAGGGAGAGUUUAAUUGACAAGCGCAUUGAGAGUGCCGUCUCUCAGAUGCAGUCUGUGAUUGAACUGGGCAGAGUGAUCAGAGACAGGAAGACCCUGCCUGUCAAGUACCCACUGAAGGAGGUUGUAGUUAUUCACCAGGAUCCAGAGGCUCUGAAAAAUAUCCAGGCCCUGCAGAAAUACAUCCUGGAAGAGCUGAACGUGCGACAGUUAACUCUGUCAACGGACAAGGACAAGUAUGGAAUCAGUCUGCGUGCUGAGCCUGACCACAUGGUGUUGGGCAAGAGACUAAAGGGAGCCUUCAAAGCGGUCACUGCUUCAAUCAAGGAACUCACCAACGAGCAGCUUGAGGUCUUUCAGAAGACAGGAUCCAUCAUGGUAGAUGGCCAUGAGCUCCACGAGGAGGACCUGAGGCUGAUGUACACUUUCAACCAGAGCUCGGACUCAGCUGCACAGUAUGAAGCGCACUCUGACGCACAGGUCUUGGUGCUGUUAGAUGUCUCCCCAGACCAGUCCAUGGUAGAUGAAGGCGUUGCCCGAGAAGUCAUCAACCGCAUUCAGAAACUACGCAAGAAGGCCCACUUGGUGCCAUCAGAUGAGAUAAAUGUGUACUACCACUGCCAGCCAGAGGGGGAGUACUUGCACUCUGUCAUCCAGGCUCACACAGACUUCAUCUUAGCUACCAUCAAGGCUCCACUGCUGCCCUUCCCUGUUCCCAACACUGCCAGUGUUAUCAUACAGGAAAAGACUCAGCUGAAGGGCUCAGACUUGGAGUUUAUCAUUGUAAAGGGAUCCUCAGGUUCUCGGGUCUCUCUAAAUGGACCGGCUUGCAGCUACGUGAACCUCAGGGUGAAGGUCAACAACAAAGAACAAGAUGGUGUGGUGCUGCUGGAAAACCCCAAAGGAGAUAACAGACUCGAUGUGGACAAGCUGAAGAGAGUGUGCAGCAGCAUCUUUGGAACAAAUAACACCCAGCUCAGAUUCUUCAGUGGUGGAACUGAAUUGACCAGUAAAAUGGACCUCCAGGCUUUGAGUGGUAAAACGUUGUCAGUCACUUCAGGCUCCAUACCCCCUGGCCCUGUCCCCUCCUCCGACGCCCUCCUGUGUCCAUAUGUGAACCUGCUGCUCUGCAACGCACAGCCAGCUGAAUGCCAGACAGGAGAGGUUGGCACCCUUCUACUGGUGAAUCCAGUGGGCCAGAAUGGGCUUGACUACUCAGGCCUUAUAUCUGAGGCGGCCAAGGUUUUCGGCCUUCGCAGCAGAUGGCUUAAACUCUACCUGGACCAGGACCUCACCCAGGAGCUGCCAGCUGAUACAUCUGCAAAAUCUCUAGACACCAAAACUUUGUUUGUGAGAGUUCUUCCAACAACUGCUGAAGCAUAAUUCCAUAAAAAAAAUCCUGGGAUCUCACUGUCAACAUUUGUCUUGGAUAUAUCAGAAAUUUCACACAUUUAAGUUUUAUACCCACUGAUGCCAGCAGCCACUGAUAAGAAUAAGUGUUCAAUAAGACCUGAUAACUUUUCAUCUCUCUUAAAUCCAUAUUGCCUUUCUUUUGUCACCAGUUCUCAGCGAUAGCAUUCUAAGACAGCACAAUGUGUAAUUGGACUGUAUUUAUUAUGGACUUAAAAGUGGGCAUACGUCUAUAUAUCUUUUUUUCACAGCAGCUGAACAAAAUUACUGGACAGAUGUACGAAUUCGAGUAUGAGUUUGGACAGUAAUUUGGAAAUUAAGAUCCCUGGGAACCAUCUAUCUUGUCAAUAUUACUUUAUUUUUUUUGAAGCAGUUAUUUACGAAUUAUGCAAACUACUUCCCGUCUAGGCAGCAACACCAAUUCACUUUUUUUUUGUUUUUUUAAAGAAAUCUACUGCAAUGUUUGAAUUUGAAUUUGACUGCAUGUCUAUUUAUAUGGCACUUUCAAAAUGUAAUCAGGCUGUUUGCAAAUCAUGUUUUUUUUCGUCUUCCCGUACCCCUGGGUUAGGGUUAGGGUUAAGUACUCUAGUUUGGGGAUCACUGGUCCAGAAUAAUUAUUGCUGUGGCUCAUGAAUGGGACCCAAUUUAGCAUAUUGCCAUUGGGGCAGCCCAUGGCCAAGAGGAAAGGAAUUGUGCUUGUAACUGGAGAGUUGUCAAUUCAAAUCCAGGGACUAGUCAAGGGCCCCUGAGCAAGGCACCCAAUCCCCCCCAUUGCUCCCGGGAUGCAGAUAAGUGCUACCCACUGCUCCUGCGCUUGGCUUGAGUUUGAUGGGUUGAAUGCAGAUGUCAAUUUCACUAUCACUAAUUGGUGUGUGUGUCUAACCAUUUUUAAUUUCACACAUAAACUCAUUCUUUUGUUACAUGUGAAUCCUUUGACAAAAUGAAAAGGCAUUAAAAUAAUGAAAUGGACUUUCAGGCUGCUGUGCCUUUGGGAUAAAGUCAUCCUGUAAUAAAAAAAAUGGCAACAAAAUGGACAAUGUACUAUUUUAGGUGACUAAUGGAAUAAAUAAAAGGUGACUGAGAUUCAAAA